GACAUCACCCAUUCAAAGCAGACACGGAGAGAGAAACAAGCCGGGGCACAUUACUGCAUUUAUGUCGCCUCACACUGACAGCUGCUCCGCUUUACAUACCAGCACCGAGACGACACUUAUAACAUAAACAAUAACAACAACACGCGUGGAUUGUCAAGACAUUUUUUUUUUCCUUUUCCCCCCACUAUCGCGGAGUACCUGUGCAGGGGACCAGGACGACCGCGACUGCUUCGAUGACGACUCUGGAGGAUGAGCUGACGUCGGCGGCCGCCACGGGGAACGCGACCGAGGUGGAGCGACUCCUCCGGGCAGGGGCGGACGUCAACGCGGCCAACCGGCUCGGUUACACCGCGCUGCAGGCGAUGAUGAUGGGCAGCACGCCGGUGGCCCAGCUCCUGCUGGCGGCUGGCGGCGACCCGAACGUGGCGGACGCGCGCACCGGGAGCACGCCGCUGCACGACGCGGCCCGGACGGGCUUCGGCGACACCGCGCGGCUGCUGGUCCGCUUCGCCGCUUCCCCGCAGGCCAGGGACCACGCCGACUCUCGGCCCGUGGAAGUGGCCCGGAGACACGGCCACGCCGACGUCGUGGCCUUCCUGGAGACUUUGUGAGGAACAGUUUUUUUUAUUUUUUUGGGAAAGGGGACUGGACUGUCCCGUUGAAUUUAUUUAUUAAAGGGUCAGGCACUAAAGACACUUCUCUGAAUCCGGAUUAGGUUUAUAUAGGAAGAAGGUUGGAAAUUUCCAUCAGACUUUUUUUUUUUUUUUUUUAACGUUAUUUAUUUGCAUAUUUGGACUUUUACUUGAAUAA